AUAGUUCAAGGAAAUAUGUGUUGUGUGUACACUUCAGGUCAGUAAGUAGAUCUAAAUAUUUAGAUUUACAAUUAACACGUAUCGGUACUCACUUAGAUCUAGACUUGUCUUCUAACUAGAUUUACUAGAGAUAGAUAGAUAGAAUGAUUUCACCUUCAACUCUACUGAUCAAUAAUGUGAAAAUAAACUUAACCCUCACAAGUUUCUUCGUGCGCUGUACACAUUCGUCUAUUCGAAACGGGUUAGUAGGAAUGGUAGGAAGAACUCCACUGGUCCGUUUGAACAAAAUCAGCGAUGAAACAGGUUGCGACAUACUUGCAAAGGCAGAAAUGUGCAACGGUGGAGGGUCAGUGAAAGACAGAGCAGCUUUGUUUCUAAUUCAAGAUGCCAUACGGAAGGGUCAGUUAAAACCAGGAGGAACUGUGGUCGAAGGUACAGCAGGCAACACUGGUAUAGGUCUGGCUCACAUGUGUCUUUCAAUGGGGUUUAAAUGUGUAAUAUUUAUGCCCAAUAACCAGUCCCAAGAAAAAAUUGACAUUUUAAGAACUCUAGGAGCAGAAGUUACAACAGUACCAGUGUGCCCUUGGGACAAUCCAAAUAACUACAAUCAUCAUGCUAGGAGGUUUGCCGAAAGUUUGAAAAAUGCUGUUUGGACUAAUCAGUUUGACAACCGUGCUAACAGACUGGCACACAUUGAAACCACAGGGCCAGAAAUAUGGGAGGAAACCCAGGGGAAGGUGGAUGCAGUGACUUUUGGAACUGGCACUGGUGGUACACUCUCAGGAGUAGGAACUUAUUUGAAAGAAAAAAAUCGACACAUUAAAGUAGUUUUAGCCGAUCCUCAAGGAAGUGUUUUGUACAACUACUUCAAGCAUGGCAAACUAGAAAGAACUCCAGGGGAUUCUAUAACAGAAGGUAUAGGACAAGGCAGAUUAACUGAAAAUCUUAAAGGUUCCCCAAUAGAUGAUGCCUGUGUUGUUAUAGACACAGAGGCUGUCAAUAUGACAUUUAAAUUACUAGAUGAAGAAGGAUUUUUGGUUGGUUCUACAAGUGGACUAAAUGUCGCUUCUGCUUACCGACUAGCCAAAGAAAUGGGCAGAGGUCACACUAUAGUUACUUGUUUGUGUGAUUCUGGACAUCGGUACCAUGCCAAGUUGUUUAAUAAAGAUGUUUUAAGAAAACGAGGACUUCUACAAACAUUACCAGAACAAUAUCAUAAAUAUUUACAUGGUAAUUAACUUGGUUGUUUGUGUGUGAUUAUUACAGCCUGAUAACAGAACCGGUUGAGUUUUAAAAGGAUGACUGAGUUAUUUGAGGCUCAGCUUGUGUACUUUUUAUUCAAAAUAUUUCUGAUUUAUUUAUGUAGAAAUUUAAACACAUGUAAUUUAUUAUUUCUGUGCCACUUUGUUAAAUUUUAUAUAAUAUAAUGCAUAUUUAAUAAAUUUUCUAUGCAAACCUAUCCCAUAAAGUAGCUGAUUAGAUGAAUUACAUUGUUUGCAGUAAAGUGAAAUUGUAGUUGUUCAUUAAUGAAAAUUUACAUUAUAAGUCUUUUUAUUUUUUAAAACAAAUAUUUUUAUUGAUUCUGUUAUGUUUCGGAAAAUUAAAACUUAAUGCCUGAAGUUUACAAAAAAUAUUAAAAACUUGCUUAGAACCAGUCCUACUCAUCAAUUUUAACAAAAUUUGUGGGGAUAAUCUUUCUAUUUUGAAGAAAGUUUUGUAAUUUCUAAGAAGAAAAUAAUUUAUUACAAAAUAUAAUGCAUUGAAAACUUGUUUAAUCAUUAGUGCUUAGAAAUGGACUUGGGAAAAAAUAUGAUUUUCGCUUGAUUAAAAACUAUGAUGACCAUGAAUCCUUAAAAAUAAUUUGUUGUAAGAGGUUUUGAAUGAAUAAUGUAUUGGUUUUCUUACUCAAAUCUUUCUUAUUCCAUAUGCUAGAACAAAAUCAUAUAAGUGUUCCUUCUCCCCCUAGUGCCUUUAGUCUGCCAUCAGCCAGAAAAACAACAAUUCAGCAGAGUUUAAGUCGUUGAUUAACAUUUCAUGACUAGAUUGACACAUGAAAUGCUUAGGAUGUAAUUAUCUCCUUUUUUGAAGUAACAUCUGUAAUAUAUAAGAAGAUAAUUAGAAUAACUGCUCAUUUUGAUUGUGUUAUUUGACUAAUCAAAGCUUUUUUCAAGUUCCCAGCUUGUAUACAUACAUUAAAUAUGUUUAUCAAUAUUCUUUUCUUCGUUAGACUGCUAAGUCCCAAAUCAUCUAGGUAGCCAAGUAUACCAUGUCUAGCUAAUCAGAUCAAUGUUAAUUUAUAGAUUUUGUUUUGUUUCACUUGUUUUUCAAUUGUAUUAAUCUUUAUCAAUUUUUUUUUCUAGUUAAGACUAAUUGUGAGUGAAUUUUGCUUAUGAUUAAAUUUCCAUUUAAACUUGUUAUCUUCUGUAUGUAAGUACAAGCAGAUUGAGUACCAGUACGUUUUAUUUUUGAUUUGUUUUCAUUUUAUAUUUAGAUCUGUACUUUUGUUUUAUUUGUGUUUACCCUUUUAAUUUAAACUACAAAAAUACUGUUCAUUAAAGAAAAUGAAGACAUUUCAGCCAUAAAGUAUAAGUAUAUUUUUCUUAGUUAAUUUAUGUUUAUAAUUUAUAAAUAUAUUUUUACUAAUUUAAUUUAAAAGUUACUUUCAGCUACGUUAAAUAAUUUAAUACAAACAUGUUUUUUAAGGUAGAUUUUGGGGCCUUUUUAGAUUUAGAACUUGAAUAGUAUGUGUACCAGUAUUCAUUACAUACAUAUGUACAGAAGAUGGCAUAUGACACUUUUGUUUUUCAUCAAUACUUUCUUAACAAAAAUUUAUGACUUGAAUGUCUCCAUAAAUUACACAAUUAAGGUUUUAUUCAGAUAUGUAUAAUUUAAGAAAACUUUGUAAAAGUACAAUGUAGUGUAUUUAUAAUAAUAUCUACCACUCUACAUGCUGAGUCCUGCUAUUUAGAAAAUAUAAAAACUGAUCACGUUGAUCCAUAGAUAUACAAGUGAAUAUGUAUAUAUUUUUGUUAAAGCUGCGGUCCUCGCAAUAGUGACAUCAAAAUUUUAUUCAAACUACUCUAUUAUUCUCUCUUUGUCAUUGAAUUAAGGCAAGUUUUUGAUUUUGAUUUCUCUAGUAUUAAAAAUAUUUAUGAAAAUGUGUGUAUGUUGUAAAGAAGAAUUUCAUAAAUAAUUGUAAUAAUUAUUAGUAAUCUGUAUCAUAUAUUUAAAUUAAACUGCAUCUAUUUAUUAAAUAUGUUUUAUUGUAA